GAAAAUGAAGAAAUAAAAUCAAUAAAUCUAAUAGGAAUUAAAAAGAUUGAAUGAAAAUAUGCGGUGAUUAAUCUAGCAAAGGAAAAAAAACUUGACAAUGUAUAGUGAGAUGUAAAAAAAAUGAAGAAAAAAAACUUGUGUGUGUCGGAAAAACAAAUCGAUUGAAAAUCAGCCUUGACUAAAACGAACAGAAAAAAAAAUAAAAUAAUAAAAACGCUAUUAGCUCUGUGUGCAGCAGCGCUUCUCCGGAGCUGUAAGCAGCAGCUGUUUCUUACAAUAAAAGUGUGUUGGUUAAACAAAAAAAGCAAAAAAUUUGUGUGGUACCACCAUGUUACAUUAUUAGCAAAAAAAAUGUAUUACAAAGCUGAAAUAACUAACAGGGCAGAAAGCCGGGAAGGCAGCGUAGAAAGAAAAGCAGCCAAAGAGCGUGACGAUAAAUUGAAAGUUGCUAGGGAACGUCAAAAUGAAGAAAGACAAAGAAAAAUCGAGGAGCUAAAGGCUCAAGCUGAAGCUGCACAAAGAUAUCGCGAACAAAAAGAAGAGGAACGUCGACGUCGAAUCGAUGAGAUCAGACAAAGAGACUCGGAUAAACGUACACAGGUUGAAGAACGUAAAAAGGCCAUAAUGGAAGCUGAAAAAGAAAGACGUGAAUACAUAUUGAGGAAGAAUCAAGUGAGUGAAAGAGAAUCAAGGAUAGAAGUUAAGAAACGCGAAAGAAAUUCCAUUGGUUAUGCUUUUGGUUCCUCAACACCACGCUUAUUGGAGCCCUCCGAUUUUGGCAUGGUAUCACCAAGUACAUUUUGGGGUCAAAGACGUUCCACUUCAAUAUCAAAUGUUGCUGGUGCUUCACUUUCACGUCGAAGUUCAGAACGUGAACUUAACGACAGUGGUUCUAAAAAGCGUGCAACAUCAGCCAGUGGCACAGAGAGACAUGAUGAUCAUCGUCGUAAAUCAUCUUCUAUGUAUGAAGUUUUCAAUUGGGGCUACACAAAUGAUGAGCCCCCCAAAAGAUUUUCACUUUCUAUUGUUGGUAGUGAAAUAAAUAUAGAUGGACCACCACAACCACCUCCAACAACUACAGCUUCAAAAUUCAACAACACCAAGAACACAUUCAACAACACUGAGAAUAAUUAUAAUAAUAAUCAUCACAAUUAUCAUCAUAAACAAUAUUCAAAUCAUAAUUUCUAUAAUACUAAGGAAGAUAAUGUUGAUACAUCACAUAUCGUGUUUCGAAGUGUGGCCAGAAGAAAAACUGAUCUUAUGCCAACAAUUCCAAGUCCCAGAGAUGGUCACUACGGUUCCCGAUCAUCACUUAGUAACACACCUUCUCGAACACCAGGACGUGCUUUCUCCAUGAAUCGUUUGGAUCAGUUGGCUCAACCGAUUCGCCGUAAUGGCGAACAUAUACGAGCCAUAAUGGAACGUCAACGACGUGAACAAAUGGAGAUGAUGGAUGAAACGGAAUCCCUAGGCGGUGGUCGACGUUCGGCCAAGAAGACCAGUGCGGCGGGCUCGAACAACAGCAAGAUGUCACGCAGUAUGAUACAUUUAGCCGGUGAUGGGGCUCCUCGUCCCAAAUAUAAUUUAGGUGGGGGCAUUUCCACCAGCUUUUUACCAUUGGGUAGCGGCAGUAGAAAUGCCUGUAAGAGUAUGACACACUUGGGACAUUAUUAUAAUAAUAAUAGUGCCUGGUCGAAUACUACUACGACACCACGCUCGAAUCUAGGCUUACAAACUGCCGCCACCAAAAAAUAUCUACAAUCAUCACUAGCUUCAUCUGCAUCCAACACGUUUAAACGAGGCCAGAUCUCUAAUACUAACCUCUACCGUUUCGAUACAGACUCAUUGUUACUCAUGAACUCUCCUAGUAUACUUUUAAACCCAGGUUCGCGUUCUGGUACCGUUACUCCGGGUGGCCAUUUGAAUAACUCAAGGCCUGGUAGUGCCAUGUCCACAUCCACUACAAUGUCAACAUCAGGUUUUAUCAAUAGAAGAUCAGUGCCGGCUGCACGCAAACCACGCCCGGCUAGUAUUGCCGGUACCGGUGUUUCCUUAGAAGAAAUUAAUAAACUUAAGAAGGAAAAUAAACCGCCCGUAAAGACAACAUCUUCGUUGUCACCGUCUACGUCAGCACAAACAACUCCAAAACGUUCAACGAACAUGAUGUCUACAUCACUUAUUGUCACAUCAUCAUCCUCGCGAUUAUUUAGCGCUGAAAAGAAAACUCCCAUUAAGAGGGACCCUCUCACUCCAAAGGCCACAACUCCUAAGCCUCUAUCAAAAACUGCAAGUUCAGAUCGUCUCAACAAGUUGAGCAAAGAAAAAUCCAAGGAUAUAAUGGCUAAAUCAGCCAUUACUCCUCCCGUUGCUAAUAGAACUACAGCCAAAGAACCUACCAAGAGCAAAGAAGAAAAGGAAGCUAUAAAUCAAGUGAAAACCGAAGUUGUAACAAAACCUGCAGCACAACAGAAUGGUCAAAAGGAACUCAAUGAUACAUUCACAGUCCAACAACCGGCUGCAGCAGUCACAUCCCAACACGAGGAAAAAACUGAUGAAGGCACCGAAAAGGCCGUCACUGAACCAGAACCAGCACCAGCAGUUGUGGCGCCACCAAAGCCCAAAUCACGCAAUGGCAGCAAGGAAGGUUCUAUAGUGCGUGAGCUAGCUCCGGCCACACAAGAUAAUAAUGAUGCCAUGACAGCAUCAAUGAUUGCCAAGAGUAAAAUCACCACAGAGGAAGAAGCCAAGGCGGCUUUAGCUGAAAGACGUCGUUUGGCACGCGAGGAGGCCGAAAGGCAGGCAGAGUUGGAGAGACAGCGUGUGGAAGCUGAACGUUUGGCCGAACUCAAGAGACAAGAAGAGGAGGCAGAACGUCAGCGCCAGUUUGAAGAGGAAGCUAUGCGUAUGGCCCAGGAGCAACGCAAGGCCGAGGAGGAACGUUUGCGUCAAGCCAUUGAGGAAGCAACACAACGCGAAGAGGAGGAGAAACGCAAACGUGAGGAUGAAGAGAAACAACGUUUAGAACGUGAAGAGGCUGAGAAAAAAGCUAAAGAAGAAGCUGAAAAGCAAAAAAUCGAAGUUGCCGAACGUCUUAAGCGCGAAGAAAAAGAACGUGAGGAAAGACGAAAACGUGUGGAAGCUAUUAUGUCACGCACCCGCAGAGGUGGCGCCAACACCACACCAAAUUCCACUCCAACAAAGGAAAACAAUAACUCUCCUAAGCCUGCUGAAGCAACUCCCGUUACACCUACUGUAGCAGCUGUAGCAGUAGCUAAUACCGCUGAAGCUCCGGCUCAAGGCGUUGCAACAAAUUCUAAUAACGAUAUAAAUGCUACCAACACCGCCGCCACCGUCAACAACAUUACGAACGAUACAACAAAUUCCACAAAUGAAGUGGUAGUAGUUAACAGUAGCAACACCGAAAGUGUGUCCACAUCUGGCUCAACCAGUAGCACAGCUACUACACCACCCACACCAGCAUCACAACAACCAGAACAGACACAUACACAACCUCAACAGGAGCAACCACAACAGCAACAGCAAGCACAACCUACUACUAUUAUUCCUGAACCUCAAAACACUCAAGCAAUGUAUGAGCAGUCAGUUAUCGAUAAAGAAAACUCUCUCAUCAAUAGUUUUUCCAAUAUGAUUAUCGAUGAGAAUGUCAAAAAUAUUCAACAAAAUAUACACCAACAACAACAAUUGCAAGCGCAAAUUGUUGUCGAAGAAACAAAUGGCAAGAAAUUUGUUGAAUUACAGAAUAACGACAGUAAUAUCACAACAACCACACCAACAUCGGUAGCUAAUGGCAAUGGUCAUCACAUUGAAAGUAUUAAUAAUAAAAAUGAUAUCGAUCUUUUACAAACUGUGGUACCAUCAACAAAUCAAUUGAUUGAUUUAAGUCUUGAUUCUCAAGACAAUAAUGUUAAUUUCAAUAACAAUAAUAGUUUAUUAACAACAACUAAUACACUAGUCACUGCUGAUAGUCAUGAAAAUAAAGAUAUUUCAUUGCUGUGAGUUUAAUAAAGGGUAAGAAAACAAUAUUAAACAGAGAUUACUGAUGUAGGUUUAUGUUCUAUUGAGGAGACAAUUUAUAAACAAAUACGAAGAAUGAAAGAUGGAUGAAUGAAUGAAUGUCAUAACUGCUACUACUACCAAAUGCUGUGUAGAAAAAGAUAACAGAGUUUGCUAAAGGAGUGUUAAAAACCAAACUUUCCUGCUCUACUCCAAAACAUAAAUAUAAAACAAAACAAAAAAAACUAUUUACUUUCUAAUAAUUUAAAAAAAAAAAAACAAAACACAAUACGCGACAAAUUAUGGUUACUAAGAAAAAUAUAUUUAAACAAAAGUUAAAACUUUUGAAACAAGAAAAAUCAUAAGGACAUGUUUAAAAGUAAGUUAAAAACAAAAUGAUCAUCAAAAAAGGAAGAAAAUAUUAAGAAAAACAUACAGAACCUUUAAAAGUUUAUAGCUUAGUUUGUAGAUAAUAUUUAUAAACAAAAACAAACAAACCAACCAACCAACAAACAAAUUUAACUUAUUUACCAGAAAAACAAAAUCAAGCUUCUUAUAAAGAAUAUUAUAUUUUCUUUAAAAGGCCAGCAUUGCUAUGAAAAUGAUCUUUAACUCUACACGGGCGCUCUUGAGCUAAAGUAGCGUUGUUAUUCUGUUCCAGUUAAAGGUAUAUUUUCAAUUUCAUACUAUAUACUAAAUAUUUAUUAUUAUUUUUUUUUUGUUUUCGACACUCUACUAUACAUAUAUAUUUUAUUUUUGUUUUAAUUUAACAGUGUGCCUAGUAAUUAGAGCAAAUUUUUGAGAAAAAAAAAACAAAACAAAAUAAUUCUAUUUACAAAACAUAAACAUACAUAAAUACAUAUAAAAAAUGCUUAGCAAUAUUUAUUAAAAUAAAAUAAAAAAAAUCAUUAAUUACUAUAUAAUUUAAAUUAUAUAAGAAAUAGUUAAACAAAAUACAUACAAAACAAAACUAAAAACACUUUAAUACACGACCAUACAGAAAUAAAGCAGGGAACACACAUGCAGACAGACAGAUAGACAAGACACUAUGAAAAAGGCAGAAUAUUUAAAACAAAUUCAAUUCAAUGUUUAAAACACUUAAGCACAAAUUAUUAAAUUAAAUUAAAUGCUAACAACAAAUUAUGUCGUUGUUUGUUAUUUCCUUGUUUAUUUGGUUUUUGUUUUUAACUACAAUUUUAAUUCAUUCAUAAUAUUUAUUUUAUUUAUUUGUCUAAAUCGAAAUAAUGUGCAUAACAAUUUUCCUUGAAUUGUGUUUGUUGAAUUGUUAGUAUCUAAACAAAUGUUUUUCUAUUAAGUGUUCCAAAAUAUUUGUCCAUCCAUUAUGGUGUAGAGGAAGGAGUUUUAUUUUCAAUAUUCUGCCUUUCGUUAAAAUAAAUAUUGCUUUGUUUUCUUUGUGAUUUCUGUUAAUUUAAUGUGUUUUUGUUGUAAAUUUUUCGAUAAAUCCUUUAAUUUUUUUAUUUUUUUUUUUUCAAAUGAAAUUGUGCAACAAUUUAUUAUUAAUUUAAUGAUAUAUUUUGUAUUUAAAUAUUAUAAUUUUUUAAUUUAAACGUAUUUCGAAAAAAUUAAAAUAAAAAUGGUAGCAUUAUAGUUUUAAAUAAUUUAUAUUAUAAACAAUAAAAUAAAAAAAAAGCCGUAUAUAAAUAUACAUCCGCCUAAUUAUAUACAUACAUAUAUUUAAUAAUAAUAAUACAUGAGAAUGAUAAAUAACAAACUAUAAACCAACAAAAAAAACUUUAAAUUAAAUAAAAUAAAUUUAUAAUAAAAAAAGGUCUGAUUGUAAUUUAAAAAUAAAUAAUUAGAAAGAGUCAAGCAUCUAAAAAACAAAACAUAUAAGAAAGAAAAGAAAAAAUCAAUUGUAUUUUUGUUUUCUCUCUCUCUUCUCACUCUCUCUGUGUAGUUAAUGUUAAUUAUAUGAUAUUUCUUUUCGUAUGUAUGAUUAUUUGAUAAAAUCUUAUUUUUUGUAUUUACUUAUAAUAUUUAGAAAAAGAAACAAAACAACAAAAAAAAAAAACAAAUGCUUUGAUUAAAAAUGAAAAUAAA